AUGUCCAUUCUCCCUCUCAGGGUCGACCUGACCGUGCUGCCCCUCCUUACCCUCGGCCUCUUCGUCUUCCAAUUAGAUCGCAUGAACCUCGCUAGUGCAUUGACUGGAGGCUUUCUUGAAGCCGUUAAGAUCGAUCAGGCCACGGUCAACAUGGGCAACCAGUUGAUGUUCAUGGGCAUCGUGGUAUUCGAGAUCCCGUGCAACAUGGCCCAGCAACGCGUUGGUCCACGCAAGUGGCUCGCAGCGCAGGUCUUCGUCUUCGGCCUGAUCGCGACCAUGCAGGUCUUCGUCCGCAAUCGGGGCGGCUUUAUCGCCACACGCCUGCUGCUCGGGUUUGCCGAGGCGGGCUAUAUCCCUGGGGCUGUCUAUACCUUGUCCACAUGGUACACGAAGUCAGAGCUCGCCAAGCGUGUCGCAAUCUUCUUCUUUGGGAUGUUUGGUGGGAAUGCUUGCAGUCCACUCCUGGCUUCGGGCAUCUUGCAGCUCAAUGGUCGACAAGGGUUGACGGGGUGGCAGUGGCUCUUCCUGGUUGAAGGAGCCUUCACUAUCUCCGUCUCGAUCGUUUUCCUCUUCUUCAUACCGGGGUCACCUGACUGUCCCAAGCCCUUACUGAGCCCGGGGCUCAUCCGCUUCACCGACGCAGACCAGCAAAUACUGCAGGAAAGAUUAGCGGGGGAGAAUCGAGGAGGCGCUCAAGGCCUGGUCAUUCCUCUCAAGAUCGUCUGGCGCACAGUAUCCCAGUACUAUCGCUGGCCGCACUUUAUCUCCACCUUUGUGGUGUUUUCAACGUGGAGUCCUCUGACGACUUACACGCCGUCCAUUAUCAUGUCGCUUGGGUUCGGCCGCGUCGCAGCCAACGCUCUAGCCGCAGUGGGCGCAUUCCUCGCACUCUUCGUCGUAUUCUUCUUCGCCUAUCUGAGCGACAGGACCAACAUGCGCGGUGGGACCGUCAUCGCCGCCCAGGUCUGCUACCUCGUGGUUCUCAUAGUCGCCCUCCUAGUCCAGCCCCAUGUCGGCAAGUGGUCCCGGUGGGGCCUGUGGACGGCCGUGAACAGCUUCGCUGUUGGAUAUCACCCUGUCCAUAACUCCUGGGUGCAGCUCAACUGUCGCGAUCCCAGGGAGCGAAGUAUCAGUAUUGCGAUGUGGGUAAUGUCUGCAAUUGCCGGGCUAAUGGCCGGAGCGCAGUACUUCCAGGCCCCUGACAAGCCACUUUACUCCAAAGGUCUGCGCACUAUGAUCAUCAUGGUGGCUGUCGGAAUCGCCAGUGCGGUGGUGCAGGUCCUCGUGUAUAUCUUCCAUAAUCGGCGCGUGGCGCGAGACAAAUACCAGUCGGAAGAUGGGUCAGAGCCCAUGGUGUAUGUCCCGUGA